GGAAAAGUUGCAGAAGUUGCAGGAAGGUCCAAGGAUGUUUUGUGCAAUGAAAACAGCAGAAUAAACUAUGAUGUAUUGAAAAUAAGUAAAAAUACCAAACCAUUCCAUGGCUGGCUAGCCCUUGGCAACUCUGUGAAAACUGUAUGUAUACAUACAGUUAACUGCAUAAUUAGGAUUUAAAGGGGUGCUCAAACUGAAAAGAGGAAUGUGAUACUUUCAUAUAAUAGAUAAUGGGGUACUAGUCCGCUUGUUAAUACAUUUCAUCAUAUUGAGCCAGAAUCUCAGCAUAACUAAGUUGUCGAACUUUACACUGCCUAAAUUUAAGCAUGUGACCUAAGGUCAAGUAUUAUUUGACUGAGAUGGCAAGCCAAUUCAUGAUUUUAAAAAAUCUAUUUGAAAGUGUAUAGCAGGUUGUGUAGAAAAAAAAUAGAAUCCUGUGUUGAAUGCAUACAUUCUAUUAUGUUAAACACACAUAAUAAUAUGCCAUUUAGCAGACGCUUUUAUCCAAAGCGACUUACAGUCAUGUGUGCAUACAUUUUUACGUAUGGGUGGUCCCGGGGAUCGAACCCACUACCCUGGCGUUACGAGCGCCAUGCUCUACCAAUUGAGCUACAGAGGACCACAUUGUUCGCCUUAUAUGUUUUUUUUCAUGUUUGGGUAAGUCUCUCUCUGUCUUCAGUCAAUGCAUUGGGCUGUGAGGGCCAAAAAGGAGCCCAUGCUGGUGGGCUCCAAAGCAACAUUCCCUGACAGUUUUCAAGACAGAGACUGUACUGACCACAAGUCACCAGAGAGGCCUUCACCAGAUGCAGCGCUAUCU